UCACAAUAACCCUCCGUCAGUCAGAAAAUAAUGUAGAACAGAACUUGGAGUUUCACUUUGGACCUAACCGAUCUCGCUCACCAAUCCGAUACACGAGACGAAAUCCAAAUAAGACCUUCACCAUGGAAGACUCGCGACAAACCGAAGACAUCGCCCUCGAGACGCCUCCCUCCAACAUCUUCAUCCCGCCCUCCAUCAUCUCAUCCUCCCUCCUCGCGGGCGACUCCUACAGCUACUUCUCCCCCGUUCCCUCCUCCCUCCUCCCUCCUCCUUCCUCCCCCCCAGGAACCACCGGCCCGCCCUGCGCCCUCGGCGUCGACGAAGCCGGCCGCGGCCCCGUCCUCGGCCCCAUGGUCUACGGCGUCUUCUACCUCCCGCUGCCCCUAUCCGACUCCUUACUCCGCCAAACCCACCAUUUCGAUGACAGCAAAGUCCUCACCCCCACGGUCCGCUCCUCCUUGAUGCAAACCCUUUGCACCCCCUCCACCGACAACCUGCUGCACACCUCCUGCGGCUGGGCUAUCACGGCGCUCUCCGCGCGGGACAUCGGCGCGGGGAUGCUCCGGCCCGGUGCGGGGUCAGCAUACAACCUCAACGCGCAGGCCAUGGACGCGACGGUGGAACUGAUCAAGGGGGUGUACGCGAGCGGGGUGAACAUCCGCGAAAUUUACGUCGACACGAUCGGGCAGCCGGCCGUAUACCAAGCGCGAUUGGAGAGGAUUUUCCCGACGGCCAAGAUCACGGUCGCCAAAAAGGCCGAUAGUCUGUACCCCUGCGUCAGCGCGGCGAGCGUGUGCGCCAAGGUCACGCGGGACGCCGCGCUGGAGACGUUGUGGAGGGCUAGGGGUAGGAGGGAAGUGGUAGAAGGAGAAGGAGAGGACGGAGAAGAAGAGGAGGGAGCCGAAACCAAGAUGGCCUGGGGCUCCGGGUAUCCAUCAGACGCAAGAUGUGUAUCUUGGCUCAGGGGCAACAUGCACCCUGUGUUUGGCUGGGGACCCGAGUGCAGGUUUAGCUGGGGUACUGCCAAGGACAUGUUGGAGGCGGCCCAGGCGAAGGGCGGCGGCGUCAAAGUGGAGUGGCCGGUCGACGAGGACAUCGAUACCCAUCGCGUGACCGACUUCUUUGUGUCAAAGGAUCAGGAAAGGGACGGGGACGAGCUCGGAACCUGGUUCAGCAUCCCAGCCGGGCUAGAGGCUUUUUGAUUUGCGAAUGUGUACUGGCGACCACUGCUGGAUAAUUGGCUAAAGGUACUGGCGUUCGAGGAGUUGUUUGGGCGUACGGAUAAUGAUAGAGAGAUAUCCUGUGUGGCACUCAACGACUGCCCCGCCUCCGAUGCAACAACCGACGAAACAAAAACUAUGUAAAACACAAAGGCGCGGCUCGAACACCCCAUCCGAAUCAUGUCUAGAUGUCGUCGUCGUCUCCCGCCUCGUAUGUCUUCUUCCCCCUGCUAUCCAGCCUAUCCAUGCUGAUCCCGGUACUGCUCUGCUGCCUGGCCGGCAUGGUGAUAGCCUGUCGGACCGUUUCGUUGCUCUCCAAGAAUUCACGCAGUUUCUCCUUGCCGAUCUCGACGGCUUGAUUGGACGCUGCGUUGGCCAUUUGCAUCAUAGGGCCGAGAAGGUUGAGUGUGUAGGUCACAUAGGUGCCACCGCCUAUGACCAAGAAAAGCAUGCAAAGUAUUGGGUUGCGCAACA